CUUUUCGUCAGUCAUUCAAUUUCCAGCCAUCAGUUCCAGUUGAAUACCCUUACAAGCAACUCGCGAUGACCUCUCUUACGAAAACUACAUACCAAGCCUUUGCAUCGGCGAGGGCGCAGGGCAAUCCCGCAGCCGUGAUUAUCCUGCCGAAGCCCGGAUCGGUCGCACAAGAUGGGAAUGGAGAGUUUCCGUACGACCUGUUCCCUCCCGCCUCAAAGCUUCAAGAAACGGCGAAAGGCAUCAAUCUCCCAAUGACAGCAUUUGCGCUCCCUCUUGAUCCAGAGAAUGAGUCGGCGAAAGCUCACUACGCCGUUCGAUGGUUCAAUCCCGUCAACGAAGCGCCGCUUUGUGGCCAUGCGACUCUCGCCUUGUCGCAGCACCUGUUCAGUACCCUUCCCAAUGCGCCGCAGACGCUGAGGUAUCUUACUAGACUUCAUGGUGUUGCCUCUGCAUCUCUCAAUCAGAGCCCAUUUGAAGAUGCGAAGCUGGUUGGUAUUGAGUUUCCGGAACUACUUGACCUUCCUGCCGUAUCACAGGAUAGCAAGCGAUGGGAUGAGUUGAAGGGCUUGUUUGAAGCGGCUUCUGCUUCGAAGUGGGAGGGCACAGGAGAGCCAGUGGCUGUAUUUGAGCAAGAUCAGUACUUCAUGCUCGAGUUUAGCCCUGAGCUUGACUUGAAAGCUUUGAAGUUCGAUGCUUCCAAGUUGGCUCCACUGAAUGGUUUCAUCUACAUCUUCCAAGUCUCGACAAGCCCUUCGGAACAUAUCCACACUCGAGUUAUUAAUUGCAUAGCAGGUAACAAUCAUGAAGACGCGGCGACUGGCUCUGCUCACCGCGCCAUCAUCCCCCAUGUCCUGUCAAACGCCGAGACUACUACCCGGCUCAAGCAGCAUCAUCCAGACUUUACUGGAAACACGCUGCGAUCUUUGCAGCAGUCGAAGGAGGGUGGUGAAUUGACUGUUGAGUGGCUUCGGGAUACAAAGACCGUGAGGAUUAUGGGUAAUGCUUCUCGUACCGGCGAGACCAGCAUCGAAAUAUGAGCUGACCUGAAUGGAUCGGAAGUGACCGACCGUAACUUGAGCGGGAUAAAUAGCCACAUUCAGUAAUCAAUGUUGGCCCAAGACUUCAUCAGCCGCAUGGGGUGAAUUGGGGUCCGUUAUCCAUGAUAGACUCAGUCCCAGCCUUUUCACAAGGUUCUCACUCUAAUAAUGAGAGAAUGCCGUUAUGAGGCCCUGGAUUUGAAAAAGGCCUUGGCAAUCAAUCUGACAGCUUAUAAAUCGCAUGAUGACAGCCUGACUCACGCCGGUCUUUACCUUUAGGCUAAUUCCUUCAGUGUCUCCUCGGUGUGCAGAAUUGACCGAGCACAACUUGCAGCUCAGUGUAUAAGAAGCGAAAGACAUUUCCUAUUGCUUCCUAAAACAUGAUUGAACAGACCUCUUAUUAGUUGU